CUCCCCGUGACGCGGUGGCUUGCUUGGCGCCAUUAACCGCACCUGGCGUCAGAAAUUCCAAGCCACUGAAGGCAACACAGGAUCCGUAAGCUGUUCUCCCAAGGGACGGGACCAUUAAACUCCAUAAGCACUGGGUUUGUUGCUGCAAUAAAAAAAACUGGGCGGUCUAAUUUCAAAUGAUAGACGAAUAUAUACUAUCGUAUUUACCUAAUCGCCUCUGCAUGUGGUUUUCGCGCUUCCCCAUUGCACUCGGCCCUGAGAUCUCCCCUAUUAGAUGAGCUGGUAUUUUGCCGAAGUUUGGAGGUUGCCCUGUGAUGGCUUUUUAUAGGCACGGUAGCGAAUUGUUACCGGAGAGAAGAGGUGUCAUUGGUAUGAUUUUUAGGUCUCUUGGUGGAAGUGAGCAUGGGUCUCGAGUUGUUCGUCGAGGCAGAAAGUUUGGCAGGAUUAAUAAACUGAGAUUCUCGCGAUGGGUCUUUGUGCUUUCAUUGCUCUUCCUAAUUUAUUUGGUAGUUUCUGCCCUACAAAUGCUCUUUCAUGGCAACGUUGAAGGUAGCAUUUCAUUAUCACCAGUACAAGAAGAACUUCUGGGGUCUAAUGUUCGAAAACCACCUAAAAGCAAGAAUCGUAGGCAGCAUUUUCCUUGCGAAGUUGGGUUUGUCGAAUCAGUUGAUGAUCUUGUUGAACCCAAUGAUCUUGUGAACUUCACACAAUUUUCACUAGAGUACAUUGACAAAGAGGAAAUAUUUCACAAUAAUUUGUUUGAACCUAGAUUUGGAGGACAUCAAACUCUUGCAGAAAGAGAGAAAUCCUUCUAUGCCAGAAAUCAGACACUUCAUUGUGGUUUUGUCAAAGGACCACCUGGGUACCCAAGCACUGGAUUUGAUUUAGAUGAGAAAGACAAGGCAUACAUGUAUACCUGUAAGGUUGUAGUUUCUUCUUGCAUUUUUGGGAGCUCCGACUUUUUGAGGAGGCCUGCCCGUAGACUGAUCAGUGAAUAUUCCAAGGAAAACGUUUGUUUUGUAAUGUUUGUUGAUGAGCAGACGCUCUCAAAACUGUCAUCAGAAGGAAAUACUCCUGAUGAUAGUGGACAUAUUGGCUUAUGGAAAAUCGUUAUCAUGAGGAACUUACCAUAUAAGGACAUGCGGAAAACUGGAAAGGUGCCUAAAUUUUUGUCACAUCGCCUCUUCCCUUCUUCUAGGUACUCAAUUUGGCUUGACAGCAAGAUGCGACUUCAGACUGAUCCAAUGCUGAUUAUUGAAUACUUUUUGUGGCGAACAAAAUCAGAAUAUGCUAUUUCAAACCAUUAUGAUCGCCACUGUGUCUGGGAGGAGGUACUCCAAAAUAAGCGUCUAAAUAAGUACAAUCACACGGCCAUUGAUGAACAGUUUACUUUAUACCAGUCUGAUGGCCUCACCAAGUUUGAUCCUUCAGACCCAAAUACUCCUCUUCCAAGUUAUGUUCCUGAGGGUUCCUUUAUAGUACGUGCACAUACGCCAAUGUCAAAUUUAUUUUCUUGUCUUUGGUUCAACGAAGUUGACCGAUUCACCUCGCGUGAUCAACUAAGCUUUGCAUAUACUUACUUGAAACUGAGGAGAAUGAAUCCAGACAGACCAUUUCACUUACAUAUGUUUAAGGACUGUGAGCGCAGAGCACUAGCAAAGCUAUUUCGUCAUAGGGCUGUGCCAUCUUCUCCACCCGCUUCUUGAUCAACUGAAAUUCCUUAAGAUUUAUGUCUGGAAUCAGUUCAUUGGACUUUGGUGAAGUCUCAAGUGUCGUUUGUAGAAUGGGUUCCUACUUAGCACCAGUUUCAUAUUGAGAGGGUUGCUUGAACUUGAUUGGUAAUGGAAGUUCCUACCUAAAUCUCUUUUGCUGAAGCUUAACCUGGUCUUAUGAGUACAAUUAUCUGAUCAGUUCUUAACCAUCCACCAUCUCCAUGUGAAUGCUGUCCUGCAAGCAGUGAUCCAUGUUGAACCAAUGAGGAUACCUUAAGUUGGAUAUCAUGAUCAGCAGGUUUAAGCUAAAUACAUUUACUUUAGGGUCGUAGGUUUCUUGACCAAUUAUUUAGCAAUGUGAAAUGUUGAAUAUAGUUCGUGUGCUGUGUAUUAACUAUUUGUCUGAUUUUGAGAAUCUUGUUCGAGCC